GAUUUGUAUAGUGUGCCGUACUAGAUGCCAUAACUCAUCGCCGCAGAUACAGAAAUGCAUACGUUAGAUUACCCAUACUGCCAUAUGUCACUUUAACAUUUAUGUUAGAGGGGAUUUGUUUUGAUUAUUGCUGCAUUAAUGAUUUUCAUUAGUACAGUCUGACAGUAGUAACAGAGUUCAGAAGUUCCUAAAGUGAAAGUCUGAAAUAAUAUCGUUUACUGUUACUUUAUUCAGGCACCAACUAAUCCCCAACCCUACUUGAACUGGCAACCGUACAAGAGGCUGUUUUUCACCUUAUGAUACAGUGAUACAGCCGGGAAUAAUAUUUUUCACUUAAUUCAAGAUCAUAAUGUAGUUGAAGCUGAUAUUUUACACAAAUUUUAGCCUUAAUUGAAUGGAAUCAUCAUCGGAGCAAAUGGAAAAGAUAAUUGAUGCGUUUACCGACCUAACAACUGGUGAUCAAAACAAGGUUUUGAAACAAAUACUGAGAAAAUGCAAGCGGAAGCAACUACAACUUGUAUAUAACGAACUCCAGCCUUUAUUAGCGAUAGAUUUUGUGACUUUUUUACCUCGAGAACUCAUUGAAUUGAUAUUUUCAUUUCUGUCGCCCAAAGAACUUGGACGUGUGUCAGUUUGUAGUAAGCAAUGGAGAGAACAUUCAAAUAAUAGUAAAUUAUGGAAAUUACUCUGCAAGAAAAGUCAUUGGAUGCAUUUUGGUGAUGAGACAGGUAGUGGUGAUCUCUAUGCAGCUCCCUCUUCAUCAGCCCCUCCGCAAAGUCCUUUAACAUCCCCCUCCUUUCAUUUUGUUCCUCACACAUGCACGGAACUUCCUCCAGUAUGCAGGUGGAAAGAUGUUUAUGUCCGAGCCCACCAUCUUCAAAACAAUUGGGAAACUGGCAGAUACACAGUUUAUCCUCCGUUACGAGGCCAUAAAGAAAGAAUAACUUGCUUGCAUUGUUCUGGGAAGUAUUUGGCAACCGGUAGCGAUGAUCGGUCUGCAAUUGUAUGGGAUUUGUUGUCAUAUUCAUCCGUCCAUGUUCUCAAACACCCAGAUUCAGUUCUAGCUCUUAAAAUAAAGAAUAAUCUUCUGGUCACAGGAUGUGCCGAUGGAAUUGUCAGAAUUUUUAAUCUCAGCACAGGAAAAUGCCUUGGACAAUUGAAAGGUCACACAUCUUCUGUUCAUUGCAUCUGUUUUGAUGGGAACCGAAUAAUAAGUGGAUCUCAGGAUCGAACAAUUCGUGUCUGGAACGCCACAAGUGGUCGUAGUUUGUACACACUUGAAGGUCAUGUGGAUGACCUUGUCAGUUUAUGUUGCCAUGGUAACAUGCUGGUGUCAACAUCGUGGGAUGAAUCAGCAAGAAUAUGGAACGUCGACUCGGGAGUUUGCACUCAAGUUUUAUUAGGACAUAGUGAGGUUGUUCACUGCUGUCAUUUUGAUUCGACUCACGUAGUUACUGGAGGGGGCGACAAGGUUGUGAAGGUUUGGCUGGUUGAGACUGGACAACUUACUAACACUUUGACAGGUCACACAGAUGAUGUGUAUUGUGUCAGUUUCAAUGAUGAGGUCAUUUGUUCCGGGUCAGCGGACAGCUCCGUAAGAGUAUGGAGUUGGUCAGGCGGAAGCUUGUAUAAUUUGCGAGGGCAUAUAGGCGUUGUCAGAUGCUUGUACCUGAAGCACAACACACUAAUAACAGCUGGUGACCAAAUGAAAGUUAUUGUUUGGGAUCCGUCUCGUGGGAAACUACUAAAUAUCGUCCACAGAAAUCCAAGUUUGGUUAAUUUAAUGUGGGUGACGUCAACUCGUUUGAUCGUUGCUGGUCCUGAAGGCCCAGGAGCGGCCACUGUGUUGUCAUUCUGGUGAUAGGUUAGGAGGGACGGCCAAAACGUAAUAAUUCACAAUUUUGAUCACAAGAUAAACGGAAAUAUUUUUAAAUAGGGGCUCGUUCAACAAAUAUUCUACUAUUUCGAAUACACUCUAUAAUAUUAUUUAUGUCUGUGAUACAUAAUAAUCACAACUUUGAUUACUUACUGGAAUGGGUUGCUGUCAGGGAAGGUUCAAACUGUACAAUUUACCAUUUCGAAUUACACAAAUAAUGUUAUAUUUGUAUAGAAUAACAAUAGUAUAGUUUGAGUAUUAGAAUGUUGAAAAUAUUUAAAAAUAGGUCAUGUUUUACUAAGAAUUUAAACGUGUAUUUCAAACUCAUUAGCAAUGCAGAAUGCAGAAGUAGUUAUGCAGAAAAGAAUUAUUUCUUUUAUUUAACGAUUUUUUUCAAUGAUUUGCUGAAAUAAUCUGACAUGUCAAUAAAACUCGUGACUUAAACACCACCGAAAAAAAAAUAUUUUUGCUAAUAUUUGAAUAGCAGUGCUAUUAUAGCACAUCUUCCCAAAUUUAACACAAUUUUUAUAACUCUAGCUUGCCUGUCAAGUUUUAUAUUGAUUUCUUGAAAGUUAUUGAUUUCCUGAAGUAGGUAAAAUAAAUUAACCUCUUCAGUACUCAUUUUUAGUCAUGUCAAUCUAUUGAAAUAGAAGCGAGAAGCGCCAGAAAUAUCUACCAAAGAUUUGUUCUCAAUUUGAAUAUUGUUGAUUUUACCUAUUUAGUGUGUUUUGAUAAUUUUUAUUUUUACAAUAAAAUUGUUUUGGAAA